CAAGGUUGCUUAGAAGUCGCACAGCUGUCUACCGUGUUUCCAACGAUCGUGCAAGUUCAGGUCAUCAAAAUGCCGAUUUCUUGCCGUCUUUGUGGUGGAUCUGCAAUUUUAAAAAGACCCAAAACGGGGGAUGCUCUGUGCAAAGAAUGUUUCUUUGCGGCCUUUGAGGCAGAGAUACACCAGACCAUUGUGGAUACUGAACUGUUCAAGAGAGGCGAGAGGGUUGCUGUUGGUGCUUCCGGCGGAAAAGACUCCACAGUCUUGGCUUACGUCAUGAAGCUCUUGAACGAGAGACAUGACUACGGGCUGGAUAUCGUGCUUCUCUCAGUGGAUGAGGGAAUAACAGGCUACAGAGACGAUUCCCUGGAGACUGUGAAGAGAAAUCAAAUGCAGUAUGACUUGCCACUGAAAAUUGUUUCUUACGAGGAACUGUAUGGCUGGACUAUGGAUGCUAUUGUCAGGCAGAUAGGGCUUAAGAGUAACUGUACAUUCUGCGGUGUCUUCAGACGACAAGCUCUGGACCGCGGUGCUAUACUCGUCAAGGCGGACAAGAUCGUCACAGGGCAUAAUGCCGAUGAUAUUGCGGAAACCGUCAUCAUGAACGUUCUUAGAGGUGAUGUGGCCAGAUUGAGAAGAUGUACAGCAAUAACAACUGGAGCGGAUGGUGCCCUGCCAAGAUGCAAACCAUUCAAAUACACGUACGAGAAAGAAAUAGUCAUGUACGCAUAUUUUAAGAAGUUAGACUACUUCUCCACGGAGUGUAUAUAUUCCCCCAACGCAUACCGAGGCCAUGCCAGAACAUAUCUCAAAGACCUAGAAAAAAUCAGACCUAGUUCAAUCAUAGACAUCAUCCAUUCCGGGGAGAGUUUGUCCAUCAAGAAAGAUGUCAAGAUGCCCACGCAGGGGACGUGCCAUCGCUGCGGUUACAUCUCCAGCCGUCCGCUCUGCAAGGCUUGCGUGCUACUGGAGGGCCUGAACCGAGGCCUGCCCAAACUUGGCAUCGGGAAGGAACACAAAGAGAGAAAGAAGUUAGCAUUGUUUGAGGCACAACGUUUAAAGCAAGAUGAACCAGCAAAGAAUACCAGCGCGUCACUCGAGAAGUCAGCAUCAUCUACAUGUCCGUCAUGUACAUGUAAACCUGGAAUCAGCACAGUCCCUCAAAGCGUAGAUUUUUAAUGGGUAUUCAAAAAAUGUAUUUUUGUAUUGCUUACACCUGUAUUACUCUUAAUACAACAUUGUUGAUGUCAUGUUAUGCAAGUCAAAAGAGGAGCAGUCUUGUCUAGUUUUUAUCGAGGGAAAUAUGGAAGUAUCUUGUUUUAUCCAUCAAAGGUGUCUUUGUGUCCCAUUUACGGUCAUUUUAACAUUUUUGUAAACGUUUUUUCUCCUUUGCUGGGGUCAUUUCUCUGCAUUAGUAAACUAGCCACAUUGAAGUGUCGCUAAUUUUGUCCAUAAUGCUGGCAGAAACUGUUGAAGGACUCCCUGAAAAAAUAACAGUUGAACCAACCACACCCACAUAUCAGGAUUGGUCUUGUGCUACUUAACCCAGUGUGCCACGCAGUAAAAUUACCCUCUGUAAACCAUCUCUGAUUUGUGUGCAUUUGUGGGGAGUCAGGUUGGCGUCGUGAUUCUUACCUCACCUUCCACCUCUGGGGGUGUGGGUUCGAAUCCAGCUCGGCCCGUAUGCGGAUUGGGUUGUCAGUCCCUACCUCAGUCAGUGGGUUUUCCUCCAACCUCUAGAACGGAACAUCUCUUCGAUGUCUUCUUCCCUCGUCAUCCCGCUGUAAUUGGCCCUAAAUGCGCUGUUGGGUGAUCGGAUAUAAAUUCAGUCUUUAUCCCCUGCUGUGUUAGGGCUGGUUCCCAAGCAUUAAAAAGCUGCAAUGGUGAGAUUUUCGUAAGGGACGCCGGCUAUUCUGGCACAAGAAAUAUAAAAGUGGGAACACAGCACAUGUAGAUAUUUAUUCUGAAGUUAUUUGUUAAAAGACUAAAGUAUUUUAUAAACGGUCUUUCCAUGGAAAGAAAUACCAGCCAAGAGAAAAGAAAAUACAAGUGUUUGUUGGAAUGUG